GGCGGCCCCGCGGGGGUGGUGGCGUGUCCGUGGCGCGGCCCCGCGUGUCCCGCCCGCGCUGCCGCAGCUCCUCCCGCAGCCGAAGGGGGUCCGGCCGGGACCCCGCGGGCGACGGCGGGGCUGCUCCUCUUCCUCGGCUGCUCCGCUCUUCUACUCCCGGCUCCUCCGCUCGGGGCUCCUCCGCUCCCGGCUCCUCUCCUCCUACCCACCGGCUGCUCGGUCCCGCCGCGGACCCCGCGCUCCGCUCUCCCCAGGAUGCACCAGGACAUCGCCGAGUUCUGCUGGGAUUGACCCUCAGUAGCACUGUCCCAGGGCUGAGUGGAACCAGAGGAGUGGGGAGCACUGAGCCUGGGCUGAGCACACCAUGGGGGCAAACACCUCCACCAAGUCACCACCCUUCAGUGGGAACGAGGAUGUUACCUUCGACCAUUUUGAGAUUUUGCGAGCUAUUGGGAAGGGCAGCUUUGGAAAAGUCUGCGUGGUGCAAAAGACCGACACCAAGAAGAUGUAUGCCAUGAAAUACAUGAACAAACAGAAGUGUGUGGAGCGUAAUGAAGUCAGAAAUGUUUUCAAGGAGCUGCAGAUUAUGCAGGGCCUGGAACACCCCUUCUUGGUUAAUUUAUGGUACUCCUUCCAGGAUGAAGAGGAUAUGUUCAUGGUCGUUGACCUGCUGCUUGGAGGGGACCUGCGUUACCACCUCCAACAAAACGUGCGGUUCCAGGAGGGCACAGUGAAACUCUUCAUCUGCGAGCUGGUGCUGGCCCUCGACUACCUGCAGAGCAGGCACAUCAUCCACAGAGACAUCAAGCCCGACAACAUUUUACUGGAUGAGCAUGGACACGUGCACAUCACUGAUUUCAACAUCGCCACGAUGCUGACGAAGGAGAUCCACGUCACCACCAUCGCUGGCACAAAGCCCUACAUGGCACCUGAAAUGUUUAACUCCACAAAACCCACUGGCUACUCCUUUGCUGUGGACUGGUGGUCACUGGGAGUCACUGCCUAUGAGCUGCUCAGGACCCGGAGGCCGUAUCACAUUCGCUCCAACACUUCCACGAACGAAAUCGCCCACGUGUUCAGGACAGCCAAGGUGAUGUACCCCGCCGCCUGGUCCCCGGACAUGGUGUCGCUGAUCAAGAAGUUGCUCGAGCUGAAUCCCGAGAAACGUUUCUCUCAGCUGAAGGACAUCCAGGCCUUCCCGUAUCUGUCUGAUGUGAACUGGGAUGCUGUUCUCCAGAAAAGGAUAAUGCCAGAAUUCAUUCCCACGAAAGGCAGACUAAACUGUGACCCAACCUUUGAACUGGAAGAAAUGAUUCUGGAAUCCAAACCUCUUCACAAAAAAAAAAAGCGCUUGGCUAAGAAGGAGAAAGGCACCAGCAAAAGCAAUUCCUCCCAGGCCAGCCACAUCCAGAAGCACCUGGAGAUGCUCCAGAGGGACUUCAUUGUUUUUAACAGAGAAAAGGUGAGACACCACCACGACAGCAUCCAGGAGACCACACCACUGACAAAAAGCGGAGGCACAUACAGGGAGGACAACCAGAACAACAACCUCUGAGAGCAGCACAGCCCCUGCAGGAGACCUCCCCGUGGGACUGGGGCUUGCCCACCCACACAUCGUCACCAUGUCGGACCAUGGACUCGUCCUCUGCUGCCAGGACCCUGCCAGUAGCCCAGGGCAUCAGGGGGAGUUGGGGCACCCACCCCCUCAGCCUGCCACCUCACAGCCAGAGGGUCCUGGGUGUGGGAGGAGAGGCUGUGGGUGCUGCCUUGCAAUUGUCCACAGUCAGUUAGACUCAGAUCCUAUUAUGCUGCCUUUCCUGAUGGCAGGAACGUGACCAUGUGAUGAUGGAUGAGACAGUAUCCACCCUUCCAGCUUGGCUGGCCGGUGCCACAGCCCUUGGUGCGCUCUGUGCUCAGAGAUGCCACCACCAUGUCAGCUGCAGUGCUGGGGCCACAACAGCACAGCGGGUGAGGGCUCUGCAGAGGUUGGGACUCCAGCAUGGAUGGGCUGCUCCAGGGGGAAGAGGCGACUCCCGGGUGCAGGGUCUCCACCAGUGCAUAGUGACAAAAGUGACUUUUCCUUACAGACAGCUCCUGUGAGCACCCCAUGAGGGUGGGCAUGGGGGGCUGGAAGUGGCAACGAGCUCCUUCCUUAUCUGGGAGGAGGCAGCAAAGGUUUCCUGUCCCUUUCCCUCUCCACAUACUCAGCAGGGCUGGCAUGGCCUGAGUGUGCAGACAGAUGUGACACCAAGAGGUAACAACCAGGCACUGACAAAUCCAGAUGCUUUUCCAGCAUGAAAAAUGCCUGAAAAAUCCAUUCACCAUCAUGUUAAACUGCUGCCACCAGAGGGAAACUUUAAUGUGUAUUUUUAAUCUCUCUACCAUUGAAAUCACACUCGAUUUAAGCAGGGACUGUUUGCAGGAAUGGCCACACUGCUGGUGUGGUCUUGGCCAAGACUGAGAUUGACCAAGGUGUUUUUACUGCAGUAAUGCUGGGAAUGAUGCUAUUAUUUAAAUGCUUUGGCAGGCCUGAUGUUUCCCCUCCUUCUUUGACAUUUUUCCCAUUCCCAGCAAUAUAGUGAAUGUGUGAUGAACUCUUUGCCUCCUAUUUACCCAAAGGGACACAUCCUGUCUGGAUGGACUUAGUUCAGCAGUAAGUAGGUAGUGAAGCCCUCAAAGUAGGGUCAUUGCCAGGGGAAAGUCACCGUGUCCUGCUCAGUCACAGCACACUCUGACUCGUGUUGCUGUAUUCUUGCCCUCCUCUUCCCCAACCAUCCUGUCUUUUAAUCAGUAGGAUUUCUGAGCGGGAUAGGGGCUCUGUGUCUCUCUGCCUUUUGACUUGCCAUUCCCAGGGAGGCUAUCCAGAGCAUCUCCAGUGUUUUCCAUUGGUCCUCUGCUCUCGGCACAGUCCUACAGGGGGUCUGGCACAAGGCCUGGUCAGGAGGGAGUCUCUCAACAGCUGUCCCUGUACCCUGCACAGCACAUCACUAUUGUUGCCUUGCUCUGCUGCAGGUAGGGGUCCACACACCAUAAGUGUGUUUAUCUGGAGUCCCAGACAAGGAAACCAGCCCUGCUCCUCCUGGGGAAAAAAUCUGCUGCUACAGAAAUACCUCUGUACUGGCUGGUCAAAAAACCCAAACCAACUUAAGUACUUAAAUGGUAAGAACAUUGCAUCUUUAGAAAUUCCCCAAAGAUUUCUACAACCAUCUCUCCCUUCCCCUCUUCUACUGUAAACAGAGGCACAGUCUCAGCUUAAUCACUACCAGGCAACAGGGAAAAUUCUUUAAUUACUUGAUAGCAGCACUUCACAAAGCUUGUAAGCAUGAAAAGCCUUCCCUGCCCCUGGCACAACUAUUCCGGCCUGGCCCCUUAAGGACUGCUGCAUGGACAGCUUGUUCUGCCUGACUUGCAGGCAUGUAAAAAUAAGUAUUUCAAGGUCAAAUACUAAAGAAGGAAAAAAAAAAAGUGUAUUUGUUUAGCACA